AUGGCUUCCCAUGUACUCAGGAGCCAACCUUUACGACUCUCAGUACAUGCUGUCCUUGUUCACAGAUUAGUCUUUGAAGCAUGGGUCUUUGACAAGAGCGGCAUGUACGUGUCUGAACCAUUGGGCCUCAUGCAAGACCGAGCUACAGUUCUCUUAAUCUUACUUCAAUACAGCCAAAAAUCCCGAGAGAAUCUGGGCUGGCGAAGUUUGGAGCGCAACGAGCAGAAUCAAGCAUACGUCACUGUUAGGGAUACCAAAACACAGUACUUUUUGGAAAACAUGCCUUUUGUCCAGCGUGGCGAACUUUUCAACGAUGGCCUUGCCUGUUAUCGCGCCAGUUCCGCUCCAGGACAAUCGCCGUAUCACGUCGUCAAGUUCAAGUGGUGCAUCCCUAGAUUGCAAAAGGAGCCGCAUAUGCUGUACAAAGCCAAAGAGAAAAUGAUAAAAGGCGUCAUAUCCCUAGUAUAG